GUAGAGCGAUUUUGUGACGCACGCUUUGUACCGAGUACCGAGCGGGAAGCUCACUCAUACUUCAUCGUCAGGCUUGUCUGAGUGGCUUUUGCAAGUGGUGUUUUAACCAUUGUUAUGUAGUACCGUUGACGUCUCGGCGCGUCUGACGCUCACCCUGUUUUCCUUAAGUUGAAGUCUGUGAGUUUAGGAUUCUUGCCCAUUCCCACAUUACCUCGCCCUUGCUAAGGUCACCCUCCCAGCAGGGUUUCCUCCCUACCCCCAAUGCCACUGUAUAACCGGUUAAUGCAACAGCACGGCUCUGGCUCUCCGUGUACUGGAAGUCGAUGCUGCGUCUUCAACUCGGACGAGGAUGAAUUGGAAGAAAUGGAAAGCAUAAACAAUGGAAUUUCUACGAAGAGAGAGUUCAGGAUUGUUGUUAUGGGAGCGAAUGGUGUUGGAAAAUCAGCUUUGGUUGUCCGAUACCUGACAAGACGUUUUAUUGGAGACUAUGAUUCCAGAAGUGAGGCUAUCUAUUCACAUCAUACAACGAUAGACGGUAAAGAUGUCAUUCUGCACGUCAUGGAUACAACAUGGCGGAGUGGGGAAAAGGAUUUCCAGCGGGAACAGAUCCGUUGGGGAGAUGGGUUCCUCUUGGUUUACGACAUCACUAACCGGACUAGUUUUGAGGCGGUAAAGACUCUGCUAGAGGAGAUAAGAGAUGUUCGGAAGCAUACCAGGGUUCCCGUGGCCAUUAUCGGCAACAAGUGCGAUUUGUUACACAGACGGGUGGUAGACGAACAGGAAGGUGGCCAGUUCUCGGAGCAGAUGAACUGUCUAUUCCUGGAAACUUCUGCCAGUGAGAGUAUGGACACGGUCACGAACGCUUUCAAUAUGGUGUAUCGGGACAUCAAAAUCAUUCACCGCAAAAUAGAAAAACUGAAACGCUUCAUGCAAAAGCCGGCGGUGUCGGCCAGACUGCACCUCAGACAGUCCCUGAAAAUGUUCACGGAAAAACACUUGCGUGACAGAACGUCAACUAUUUGACACAUGUGUGACAGAAAGUCAACUAUUUGACACGUGUGAUAGAAAAUCAGCUGUUUGACAUAUGCGUGACAGAAACUCAACUAUUUGACAUACGCGUGACAAAAAGUCAACUAUUUGACCCAUACGUGAGAGAACGUGAUAGAUAAAUGACACGAGUGUGAUAGAAAGUCAGCUACGUGACAUACAUGUGGCAGAAAGUCAGUGGUUUCAAACAUCCGUGACAGAACGUUAGUUAUUUGACACAUGUGUGAUAGGUCGAAGCUAUAUGAUGCCUGUCUACAUAGAAAGUCAGC